AUGCUGCCAUUCCCAGGUGAGUGCCACCAGCUUGUGGCAGUGUCAGUGCUGCCAUUUCCAGGUGAGUGUCACCGGCUCCCAGGGACACAGGGCUGGGUCUGGCUCCAGCUAAACCCGAGUCAAAUCCGGGCCAACACCGGGUUUAAAGCCCCGUGCGGGGGGCAGGAGGUGCGGGAUGCCCGAUCCGGCCCCCGGGAGCCUGGGAAGGGCCGGGGGAGCUCCCGGGGGACGCGGCCGCUGCCAGCAGAGCUAACGCGGUGCUGUCCCCAGCUGCGGCCCCUGUUCCUCCUGGCCCUGGCCGAUCUCCUGGGCGCCACCGCGCUGCUGGCCACGGCAACCAUCCCGCUGCUGCCGGCCCCGCUCUCCGUGCCCGCCUACGCCCUCUGUCCCUACGGGCGGAUGCUGACCACGACCUCCUACGCCGUCUCGUUCCUCAUGGUCGUGGUUUACGCCUACGAGUCGCACCGCGCUGUCCUCGGGGGGCGAGCCCGGCCCCCGGCAGCGCUGCAGGAGCGGAGCCGCUGCCUGGAGAGCGCCCGGCAGGGAAUUCCCUACGUGCUGGCCUGGCUGCUGCCGACGCUGACGCUCCUGGUUCAGCUGCUCGCCCGUGGCUCCUCCGCCACCGACAUCGCGCCCGCGGUGCCCGGGCACGGCCGCGGCUCCAACGAUUCCUUCAGCCUCUACUGCUCCAGCUGCCUCCUCCUGAUCCGCCCGAAGCACGACAUCUGCUCCCAGUCCGCCGCGGGGAAGAACGUGGAGGGGAAAAUCAUCUUCGUGCUGUACGUGCUGCUGGUGCUCGGCUGCUGCUCGCUCCUGUACCGGCGGGUGCGGCUCCGGUACCGGGGGAACGCGGCGCUGCCGCUGCUCAGCCUGGGCACGGACGGCGGCGUCGGGGGCACGAGCGGCCGCGGCGGCGGCAGAGCCUCGCUGCACUUCCAGAUGGUUUUCCUGCUCUGCUGGACGCCAGGCAAGGCCCGGGGGUGUCCCCAGCACCCCCACGCUGCAGGGUCACACUGA